ACAUGAAACAGGAUAUUGGCAAAGUAUGUAUAUACCACUGCAUGAAUGAUAUCGUGUUGAACUACUUUCCAUUCAAGUGUGUUUGUACCUUUGGUAAACAUAAAUUUUAUUUUGCAAACUGGAAAAUCAAUGAAGCAUUAUACUGCCACACCUUUAGCUAUAUUGUCAUUAUAUUUCCUGUUUCAGCUUUCAAGCGGGUCUAUUUUGGUGUGAUAUUAUUGUACGAUAUAUAUAUUUGUUAAUAUGUAGAUUUUUACCUUUAUGCAGUGGAUUACUUGGGCAUUUUGAGACGUGUUUAAUUACCUACUUUACUUUAUGCUACUGGAUUUAUCUCUUUCACAGUAUAAGAAUGCUUGAAGCAGUUUUUAUAAUGAUUUUGGUUCCGGGCGUCAUAAGCUAUGGCAUUGGCCCCCCAUCCAGUGUAUGUGGAAACAUGAUGCCGGGACAUGGAAAAGUAGCUCAAUCAAGUAAACCGCCAUACAUUAUCAAGUUUCAGCCAGACAAGACAACCUACUCAGACAGUGAGGAGAUUCAAGUAACACUGGAAGGUAAAGAUAAUACGAAAUUCCGAGGAUUUAUGAUACAGGCACGGCCAGAUGCGAAUACCUACACAACAUAUGGUUCAAUGUCUAAAACACCAGAUAAUACAAAAAAUGAAUGCAUCAGUGAAGGAGCUGGUAAGAAUGUUGCCAUUACACACAGUGAUGGAUCUGAUAAAACUUCUAUAACAUUUACCUGGAGAGCUCCAGCAACUGAUGUUGGAAAUAUUACUUUUGUGUAUACUGUGGUGCAAGUAAAAGCAACAUUUUGGGUGAAAGCAGAAUCCAGUAUGUUAACCUACAAGCCAGGUGCAGGAACUGAGGCUAGUACAGCACCCAGCCAAACAACUAAAACUCAGACUGACUCCCAAACUGAUGUCCCAACUACACCACAACCCAACCAGAUUAUCAAGAAGGACAGUAGAUGUGGAAAGAGUGUUGGAUGUUACCAUGAUUGUGACAGCAGUGAUUCCUGUGGAUUUUUAUUGACCUGGAUGCAGAAUGGAGAUGAUAUAGAUUUUACCUUGACCUGUAAACAAGGUAGCAACAGUGUCUACUGUGCCAUUGGUUUGUCUAAGGAUAACAAAAUGGGAGAUGACAGUGUUUUUGAGUGUGUAUCAAGUGAUGGAACAGUGUCUGUGUUUGUAUCAUACAAUGAUGGAAGAAAUAAUUACAGACUUAAGAUGGAAAAAUUUGGUGUAAGUAAAAUUACAGCUGUACAUCAAGAUGGGAUCCUUAAAUGUACCUUUUCAAGGAAAAAGACAUUUGACCUUGCUUCAGCUGGACGUAAAAAGCGAGCAGUAGAUGCCACAACCUCAACAUUCUUUGAUAUGAAUGAUGACUUCAAUUUAUUGUAUGCUUAUGGAACUGCUAUAGGAGGCAACCUGAACAAACAUCAGAUGCAUCCCAAAGUGUCUUCACAGAAAGCAGACUUUCAGAGCUUUACUGACCUCAGUGCAUCGGCCAUUUCAAAACCACAAAUUAAACUGCAUGGAAUUUUGAUGAUGUUUGCAUGGUUGUUUUUUGCUAACUUUGGUAUAUUCAUGGCAAGAUUUUACAAGACAGUUUGGCCUGAAGGCAUGGAGUGGUGUGCACAGAAACGCUGGUUUAUACUUCACAGAUCCUUCAUGGUGACAGCUUUCUUACUGACAGUAGCAUCUUUCAUUGUUAUUUUUGUGCAUGUUGGAGGUUAUGCAAAGAUAGAAGGAAAUAACUUUGAGAAAUCACAUCCAAUCAUAGGAAUAGUGGUCAUGUGUUUAGCUACAAUAAAUCCCAUUAUGGCAUUAUUUCGACCGCAUCCAGGCACGCCAAAAAGACCAUACUUCAACUUUGCACACAUAAGUGUUGGUGUAACAGCUUAUGUCUGUGCAGUUGUCAACAUGUUCUCUGGUUUUGACCAGUCUGCAGCAGAUGUACCUUUUAGUGCCAAAAUAGUGGUAUGGAUAUAUCUUGGAUGGAUUGGUCUUAUUGAGUUAACAUCAUAUAUAUAUGACUGUCAAACAAGAAGAGUAAAUACUUCAAAUAAGAAGUCACAUGACAAAGUUGAUAUCCAAUCAGAUGAAGGCUCUAAAGGAGAAGCAUAUGAAAUGAAAUCUUCUGCAGCAGAUCAUGAAACAGUUCAUCAGAAUGUUUCAAGAUUCAAGAUUGGCAUACUAUGUAUACAUGCAGUAGUGCUGUUGUCCUUAGUGAUUGCUGGGGCAGUUAUUGUAGGUAUGGGAGAAACUGAGGACAAGGAUGAUAUGUAAAACAUCUACAUAAAACAUGUUAUCAAACCUAUCCUUUGAUAAAAUAUGUAUAGACAAUAGUAUGGUAAACAUGACUGUGUUAUUUCAGUGGGCUUCAGUAACAAAUUCUAAAUCUGCAUGUACCAUAUAUCAGUAACAUACACGGUGACAAAGGUCAUCGUAUACUUUUGGACGUGCUUUUGAGCUCAACCAUUGGAAGAAUAAGGAGGGUAUUGCACUCACCAAGGUGUGUUGUUUUGGAUUUCACUUAGCCAGACAAAAGUUAUGGCCCUUGACUUAGUAUCAAAUAUAAAGGGCAUGGAAUCAUGAGAUAUUUGUAGGGAGGACAUACUGAUUUAGGUUCUGUAUCUCUCCAUCUGUCUGUCUACAUGCUAAAAGUUUUUCUACGCAACUCCUCUACACAUCUCCUUUGACACCACUUGAAGGAUUUACACCAAACUUCACAAGAGUGAUCAUUGCCAAGCCUAGUUGUGCAUACUACUGGCAUUUUCUGGUACGAUGAUUCUCAGUUGAGUUAUGGCCCUUGAUUCAUCAAAUUUUAUGAUGUUUUGGCACUUCUCAUACAUAUUAUUGGGCUGAUUUCAACCAAACCUUACAGAUGUGAUCAUUGCUAAGCAACAUUGUGCAUAUUUUCUGGUUUGAUGAUUUUCAGGGAGUUAUGGCCCUUGAUUUGUCUUAAAUAUAUCUUGUCAGGGCAACUGCUCUGAUACCACCGGGAGGAAUUACAACUUGAAAAAUCAUGAAUGAGUAUAAACAAGAGCUGUCUGUAAGACAGCAUGCUUGACUUUUCUCAGUGCUUGUCUCUGAAUUAGAGCUUUGCUAUUAAAAACUUUAUAAAACUUAACCAAAAAAUUCUAAGUUAAGAAGGGACAUAACUCUGUCAAAAUUCAAACUUAGAGAUAUUGGGAUUGUUUCUCCUGGUGUAGACUUUGAUAGUAAAUAACUAUUUUAAGUUCAAGUGAAUAGCUUUGAUAGUAACUGUAAACAUAGAUAUUUGACUUCAUCAAAACUUUAACCAAAAAAUUCUAAGGGAAAAAGGGGCAUAACUCUGUCAAAAUUCAAAUCAGAGCUAUUGGAAUUGUUUCUCCUCGUGUAGACUUUGAUAGUAAAUAACUAUUUUAAGUUCAAGUGAAUAGCUUUGAUAGUAACAGAGAUAUUUGACUUUAUCAAAAACUUUAACCAAAUUCUAAGUUAAAAAUGGGCAUAACGCUGUCAAAAUUCAGGUUAGAGUUAUGGGGAUUGUUUCUCCUGGUGUACACUUUGAUAGUAAAUAACUAUUUUUUAAGUUUCAAGUCAAUAGCUUUGAUAGUAUCAGAGAUAUUUGACUUAUCAAAAUUUUUAACCAACACCGACACCGAGGCGAGUGCAAUAGCUCUACUUUUUCUUCGAAAAGUCGAGCUAAUAAGUAUGCGACCCUUUUUAGCUCACCAGAGCACGAAGUGCUCAAGGUGAGCUAUUGUGACCGAUCAUUGUCCGUCGGCAUGCGACGUGCAUCGCCCGUCAACAUUUGCCUUGUGAACACUCUAGAGGUCAUGUGGGGUCAGAAACUAGGCAAGUAGGCCAAAUCAAAGGAAAAGCUUUUGAACACUCUAGAGGCUACAGUUAUGACCCAUUAUUUAUGAAACUUGGUCAGAAUUUUUGUCUUGAUGAUCUCUAGGUCAAGUUCGAAAAGGCAGUCCCUCGUCAAACUGUACAGAAGUGUUUACAUUAAUGACAAAGAAUUGCACUGAGCAAGUGUUUGUGGCUGGAAGAGUACACAUGUGGGCUCCUGUCUCAUUGGUUGUUUUCAGUCAAACGUGAAAAACUCAUUAGAAAAAGUACCGAUGACAGCGUAAAUGUAGUCAGCCGGCCAUAUUUCUCCACCGCUUCUGCGACAAAUCCUCCACUGCCGCGGCAUUGGAACCACUGCUUCUGCGAAAGCUAUGGCCAGUGUGACAUAGGCAAUUAGUUUCAUUCAAGUUGUUAGCCCUCCAGAGGGCACAUUUUCUUCCUGAUGUUCCUAAAAUCUGAGCAGAAUAUUUGGACUUUUGAAAAAAAAGUUAUGAUAAUUUUGAAAGUUGGUCACUUGGGAUAAAAAAAAAUAGGCAACUACAUCAAAUUAUAGAUAAAUCUGUUAACUACUGCAGAAGCCUCAUUUUUCUACGAGAUUUACUUGAAUCCUGGUCAGUAUAUUUGUCCUUACACUAGGUCAGAUCAUACAAAAAAACCUUUUAUCCACCAUAAGACCAUGUUUUCUGCUUGACAUACAUGAAAAAAUGAAAUAUAGGUCUGUUUUAGUCAUCUAAGGUCAAAAUCUAGGUCUUCGGUAGCACAGGGAUCCGUCACAUGCUAUGAUAGGGGGGAAAAAUAUUUAUGAUAGAGGGGAAUUUUUUUUAAAUGUUUUUUUUAGAUGAAAUUCAAGAACUUAUAUGUAAAAAAAAUCACCCAUAAAAAACAUAGAGGCAAGGGGGAUAACAUGGUCAAUUUCAAUGUUGUCUGCUAUGUUCUUGUACCCCAUGCUAUCACGUCACAUAUUGGUAAUAGCCGACUCAUAACCACUGAACUACACGAGCAGAAGAUCACUCUAACAGAAAAUGUAUCAUUUUCCCACCUUAAAAUGUACCAUAAAGUCAUAAACUAUAAUUUUCUAUAUGCCCAUGGGCAUCUAAUUAAAUGAUCUUGAUGAAACCUUUAAUAUCAUAAUUUUUGUUAUAUAUAUAUUAUAGUUAAUGUUUGUCUUAAAAAGAUGUAAUCUAUGUUUAAAAUUGGGUCACCUUGGGCGGAAGAUAUGUCACAAGGUCAGAUCCUUUAAAAACAUUGUUAACACUCUAAAGACCACAUUUUCUACCUGAUCUACAUGUUACCUUGUCAGAAUGUUUGUUUUUGUAUUUAAUUGUCAAAACUGGGUUAUCUUCGACAAAAGAAGAUCACUAUCUAGAACAUCAUGGCAGCACUGUAUAAUAAUGGGACUUGAUCCUUUUUUACCUGAUUGAAAUGAAAGCUGGUUGGAUAUUCAAGUAAUGCUUAUAACUUUUGAAUCUCAUCUGGGUAGAAAAAUUACAUCUGAAAGUAAAAAUAGAAAGAAUUAUAAACACAUUAGAGGCCACAUUUUCAACCUGAUAUGUAUGAAAAAUGGUCUGAACUUUACUUUCUUAAGUCUACAUCAAAUAAAAAAAAUGUCUUUUGGGGUCCAAGUCAAGGGCACAAGGUCAAAUCAUAAGAAAAUCUAUCUAAUUCCAGAACAUAGAUGUACAUUAAAAAUGAUCUAUGGCAUUUCUGUAGACAUGUUCUUAACCAAACUUAAUUAUUCUGUAGCAUUGAAAGUAAAGGUCAUGUGAGCUAUUCCGAGGGCUUUUAACUUUCUUCAUCAGUUCUUUAAUAUUAGAGUUUCUAAUGUUGUUAAUAUUCUAUAAACUUUUUAUUUUUAUAUAUAUUUUAGAGUUUCUUUUUAGCUCACCUGUCACAUAGUGACAAGGUCAGCUUUUGUGAUCACCCUUUGUCCGUCGUCCGUUGUCAGUCCGGGUGUGCGUCCGUCCGUCAACAAUUUCUUGUCUGCACAAUAGUGGUUUCAUUUAUGAUUUUAUUUUAACCAAACUUGCACACAACUUGUAUCACCAUAAGAUCACGGUUCCUUUCUUGAACUGGCCAGAUCCCCUUAUGAGUUCCAGAGUUAUGGCCCCUGAAAGGACCAAAAUUAACUAUUUUGACCUUGUCUGCACAAUAGCAGCUUUAUUUAUGAUUUGAUUUGUACCAAACUGGCACACAACUUGUAUCACCGUAAGAUCUUGGUUCCUUUCUUGAACUGGCCAGAUUCCAUUAUGGGUUCUAGAGUUAUGGCCCCUGAAAGGGCCAAAAUUAGGUAUUUUGACCUUGUCUGCACAAUAGCAGCUUCAUUUAUGAUUUUAUUUUAACCAAACUUGCACACAACUUGUAUCACCAUAAGAUCUCGGUUCCUUUCUUGAACUGGCGAGAUUCCAUUAUGGGUUCCAGAGUGAUGGCCCCUGAAAGGGCCAGAAUUAGCUAUUUUAACCUUGUCUGCACAAUAUCAGCUUCAUUUAUGAUUUGAAUUAAAUCAAACUUGCACAAAACUUGUGUCACCAUAAGAUCUCGGUAUCUUUCUUGAACCGGCCAGAUCCCUUAAUGGGUUCCAGUGUUAUGGCCCCUGAAAGGGCCAAAAUUAGCUAUUUUGACCUUGUCUGCACAAUAGCAGGUUCAUUUAUGAUUUGAUUUUAACCAAACCUGCACACAACUUGUAUCCCCACAAGAUCUUGCAUCCUUUCUUCAACUGGCCAGAUUCCUUCAUAGGUUCCAGAGUUAUGGCCCCUUGAAGGUCCAAAAUUGGCUAUUUUGGCUAUUGCAGCCAUAUAGAGACUUCAUUUAUGGUUUUAUUUGAUACAAACUUCCAAAAUACCUUCAACAACAAUAAGUCUUGGAUUCCAUGACAAAUCAGAUCCAAUCAUAAGUUCCAGAGUUAUUUCAUAUCUGAUUACCUCCCCUGAUUGUAAUCAAAAUGGAUUUAUAUCAGUAAGUACUUACAGGACUUAUUUGAAAUUUCAUUAUUGUUUUUAGUUGGACUGAGACAAUCAGGGUACAUAACUUUGGACUGAUUUUAUGUCAAAUUACCUCCCUUUAUUUCAAAUUAAAAUUGUUAUAUCUCCAUGACAAAUGAAGAUACUGAUCUGAAAUUUCAUUUAUGUCAACAGAUUUAUUUUGCAGAUCCUUCUUUUGUCCACUUACAAUAUUUAUUUUUUUUAAUUACUUCCCUUUUACGUUACUGUAAAUAGCUUAUUUUUAGUAACUUUUUUUAUUAUUGGCCGUAGGGAAAUCACAAGACCAGUUUUCUGUGGUACAACAUGGAUGGUACCUCCAAUUUUUAGGUGUAUUUUAACAUAUCUAUACCUUGUAAGAUUUUUUUUUUCUUUUUGGUUAAAUUUCUUCCCUUUGUUGUUCCUUUCCUUUGGACUUAAAUAUUUUUUCUGAGGACCUUCUUGUCCUCAAGUGCAAUGAUAACAGGUGAGCGAUAUAGGGCCAUCAUGGCCCUCUUGUUUUUUAAACUGUAUACAAUAUGUACAUGUACUGGCUUUGUUCUUCUAAAUCUGCGAUUAAAUAGCUUCAUAUUAGGAGGCUUUACAAAUACA